CUCACAUCAACCACCAUGCCCGUUAACCCCACCGACGUUCCCCACCCCCAUCACCCACAUGGGCAUCACCAUCGUCGGUCAUCCGCAUCUCGACAUGCGACACAUGACAACCCGUUCGUCUUCACCCUGAGUGAGAAGCAGCAAGCGGCGCUGCAGGCGUUCAAGAGCGUGUUGGAAGGUAAAGGGGCUUAUGUGCCACCUAAUGAGGAGGGGUCGAAGGCGAGUGUUGACGAUCUCAUGCUUGUCCGGUUCCUCAAAGCCCGUAGGUGGGAGCCUCAAGCCGCUGCGACCCAGUUCUUUGCCACACUCGAAUGGCGCAAGAAGCAUCAGGUUGACACCUUAUACCGCGAUGAGGUCGUCCCGGAGGAAUACGAGUCAUGGAAACAGACAUAUCCCAAGUUCGUGGGCAGGCGGGACCGGCACGGCAAUCCGCUGUAUGUGUACAAGCUGAGUGUACUCACCAGUGGGGUGCUUAAGGAGCUGGGAAAGGUGCCAGAAGAGGUCCGCUAUCGGCGCAUUGUGGCCCUGUACGAGCUCCUACACAACCUCGCUUUCCCUCUCUGCCUCUCUGUCCCCAUCCAUCCCCCGCUUCUCCCUCCCGGUAGCCUGCCCCACUCCUCCCCCGAACCCCCUGCGCCAUUGGCCCCGCACACGAUCCGCCUAAUCCAGAACACCACCAUCAUAGAUUUCUCCGGCACCUCCCUAGGAUCCAUGUUCUCCUUCCGGCAUCACCUGGCGCAAGCGAGCACUCUAGCUCAAGCCAACCACCCCGAGACGUUAGGAAGCAUAUUCGUCUUCGGUGCUCCCGGGUGGUGGGGCACCGUCUGGGGCUGGAUCAAGAACUGGUUCGACGAGCAGACCAGGGCGAAAGUGCAUAUUCUCCCUGCGGGGCAGAGGGGUGUGGAAGAGCUGUUGAGGUUCGUCCCGAGGGAGAACUUGCCGAAGACGUAUGGGGGAGAGUUGGCGUGGGAAUACGAGGAUGACCCGGUGUGGGACGCGGAUAUCGAGUGGCUGUUGAGGCGCGUUGGUGCACCCAGAGAUGGGGGAGUUGAUGAAGAGAAAGGGAAGGACCUACGCGCAGAGGUGUCCAAGCUCAGAGGACCGGUAAUCGUCACCCCUCGCACAGAACAACGGCCUAUUAAAGUCGAGCUCGUCGGUAAAGGCCGGAAAGAGGUCUUGCUCCCCGCCGAGGCCGCCAUGUCACCCACGAGCACGACGAUCACCGAUCUGGAGGAGAUACCCGUCCCUCCCGAAGCGGAGGGCGCGGGACUCUUGACUGCUGGAGGACCGGCGACUGCAGCGGCGAACGUGGCUCCCCAGGCUACCUCAUCGCCUUCGAGGGGAGUUGACCCGGCUGAUAUCGCCCUCCCUCUUUCGGUCGAGAGUACAACAACGAGCCUUCCGAACGGAACCCCUGUUCCCCUGAUUCAGCAGAUCCAAGAAACAAGACAAAGUAACCCACAGGAGGAUGGGCAUGUCCCUGGCCCGGAGGAAACCUGCACACCCGGGUUCGUGCCGAAUCUUGCUGGGGGAGUGCUCGGUACCCACGAGCAAGAGGAGGGGGAGAAUGCGCGCAGUGUGAGUGACGAGAAGACGGUGUUGGAGGAAGAAGUAAGUUUGGACCAGGAGAUGGAAGGAAAUUUGGAGGACGUGGAAGGAACGGCUACGGGCAAGGACGGAGAGGAUAUUCACAUUUCAAGCGGCAAGGUGCAGGAGGUGCAGGUUUGA